GAUGCGAAGUGUGACUUGUCGAUUCGGGACGCGCAAAAUCCCGUUCCGGAAGAACGUCAAUCGAAAUUUACUACUUACUACCAGCGAAGAGUCGCCAAAUAUUAAAAUUAAUGAUGGCAGCCCUGCUGGGCAGAAACCUACGCAUGAUGCAGAUUCGAAGCGGGAUGCCGCCUUUCAUCCUGUACCAAAUGACCUCUUCAUAGAUCGCAUCUUGUUCGGGUCAUCAUCGACAGACGUCCCAAAUGCUGAUGAACGAUUUUCACUAAAGGGAAUCGGUCUCUUGAGCGGAACUCACAGUGUCACGUUCUUCUCCGACAGUAGACUCGAGAUGCUCUCGGCCAAGCUUCAGAACAACAAAGUCAAUGACCUUAUCCGGCGAAUGUCUUCAGUCAUCAACAGCAGGGCAAGAAUAACUACCAGUACCUCACCUGAGCACAUACCUGAGCUAGCCCUUCCAUCGAUGAAUUAUUUAUCUGCUGCAAAAUACAUCACCAUAUACUACGAACAAGUUCAUCCUCUCUUCCCUUAUCUAGAUCGCGACACAUUCGACUCCACCGCCGCGAGCCCUGACCUAAGCACAAUUCUCAUUAACGACCCAUCUUUUUCUGCUCUGUAUCACUCCGUCCUCGCUCUCGGUAGUCUACACGACGGUGGCGGUAGCUUUGAGCCUGGGAAGGGAAGGGCAUGGGAAUUGCUCUCCGUCGCAUUAGCCAAGGUGCCAGACCUCCCCAAGGCCAAGAACUCGUUGGUCGCUCUUCAGGCAAUAACAACCAUUGCGGUGUACUGUCUCGGUGUACCGUGUAUAUCCAUUGAGCAUAGUAUCAUGACGGAAAUGGCGCGUAUGGCUCAAGAUCUAGCACCUUCUCUUUGUAAAGGCCCCUCUGCGAAGGCGUUCUAUAGGGUAUUCUGGGUCGUUUACGUGAUAGAGAAGAUAAUGAGCUUCCACUUUGGCCGCCCUUCGGCCAUCAUCGACGCCAAUAUUAUUGCACCUAUGCCCUACAUACCUGAAACCCACCUUGGUGGCCUGAACUGGACGUACAUACUCGCUCAGCAAAGCCGUCUCUUAUCACGGGCGAUGAAUACUCUCUUCUGCCCUGGGGUAUGCCACAGGGGAUCGCAGUACUUUCUGAUGACCAUUGAUCAAUUGCUCGAGGACCUUGAGCAGUGGAGGGCAUCUAUCGCUGAGGAAUUUCGUCCGGGGUACCCGUCGCAAUCCAAUUCUCUCCGGAGGCCUGUGCACGGGACAGUUGGGAUCUGGAUCAACUAUCUCUACUACAGUCUUAAACUCAUCUUGCUCCGAAGCAGGCUUCAAAUCGACAGUUCUCAGGGCAGCGGAACGGGCAAGACAAGUCAUAGUGAACAACUCAUAGAAGUCUCUCGUUCUGUACUCGAGAUUGUUACAUACGUUGACGUUGAGCCAUCGACACCACUAUGGAUCAUCGCAGCUAUCCCCUUGUGUGCUCUCUUUCUUCUUUUUGACCACGUCAUCAGCAAUCCGAAGUCUCCAGACACGAGAAGCAAUCUCGCUUUACUCAAUAUCGCAGGUGGACAUUUUAGUCGCCUUGAGUUUGCGAGUGGAGGAACGUUGCCCGGCUCGCUUAUCAGCGAGUUCACAUAUAUCGCGCGCGAGUACAUCAAUCAGUGCGACAGCCAGGAUUCACACAAAGGACCCCAAAAUAUUACUUCCUCCGCGGAUCCUAAUGUCUCAAUGGUCGAAUCUUGUACUGAAGUGAGCCAAAGUCUCGAGCAAGAGUUCGAGAUGGCUCAGACUACAGUGCUUAACUCUACGUCACUGAUGGAUCCUAUUUAUGCACCGAUAGAAAGUCUCUGGGAUAGUGGAAACGAUCCAUUGUACGGUAUAGAUGUGAUGAAUCUUUUUAAUAGUAUUAUGUAAGAGUAAUCUGCGAAGGUAGAGCUGGACUGGCGAGGUGUUGGAUGAUCAGAGAUUAGAUAACAGAUGAGCCCAGGCUAGCACCAGGGAACUUCUUCUUGAUUCCAUCCUCAAAGUCUGUUCCACCGACAGUCAAGUCCUUGAAGGCCGGGCAAGCGAGGUUCAAGACUGCAGAUCCGAGAGCGUCGGUGAUGAGUUCGAGAGGAGUUGCGAUGAUUGAGAACAGAGUUGAGAGAGAGUUUGGCGCAACGGUCUUGACAAUCUCAAAGACGAAGCAGAGCAGGUUAUUCCCCUCGAGGAGCUUGGUGAGGUUGAGGACUCCACCCGUGAUGUUACUUACGUCGACACCGGCGUAGCUGUUGAUUUCUCCCAUGUUACCUCCGAUGCUGUAUUUGUUAGCGUAUACCUUUGUGUUUGCAUGGGCUAACUUGCCUUCCGAGCUCAGGGUACUUGGUAAUCAGGUUGAGAAGAUCCAAGUUGAGGC